AUGCUACCGUCAUCUCAGGCCCAUGUUCGGGACUCUGUCGCACAGAUUGAUGCAAACACAUGGCUCAUUGGAACUCAAAACAUAAUCCAAAAGUUGCAGCACGACGAAACCCCUUGCGAGAACCGCCCGAACCAGCGAUGCAUGUGGCGCAAUGAUUCUGACGGCGCAUACUACAUGCUCUAUCCGGCCCCCUUUCGUUUGCCCAAGGUAUCGCCUCUCCCGGCAGCUUCUAGUGAUAGUCACGUCCGCCAAAUCCACGAUGCCGGCGACGUCUCUGCGGUCUUCAAAUUCGGCCAUUCGCUCAUCCUCAAGGUCAAAAUCCGCUCUACCUUUAAACAAAAGGGCGACAGUACCGCCGUCCUCACCCAGCCCUACGAGCACGAGACGCUGGCUUUUUUAUCCGAGCAACAACUCAGCUUCAAGGUGCCUCGGGUCUUGUUCCACGUGCAGGAGGGCAACAAAACCUUCCUCCUGGAACCCUGCAUGCCAGGCCAGACGGUAAACGAGGCCUGGUGGACCAUGACUCCGGCUGAGAAGGACGGCGUUACGACCCGCGUCGCCGCAAUCGUCAACGAACUCACGGCUUUUCGAGCUGAUACUUCACCUCCGGGGCCGCCGACUACGACUGGAUCGACCCCUGGCGCGAAGACGAGGACAAGAUCCGCACGCUGGGCCCGCUUAAAAAACAUUGCGAGGCCUUGGUGGAUCCGGACCAAGUUUGCCAUCUGCGGGGUGAUGGCCGCCGAGCGGGUGCUUAAAAAGGGCGAUGGCAGUUUGUCGGUGGAAAUAGACCACCAGUAUAGGAAGAUGAUUGAGCAGAAGUUGGGGGAAAUGGGGUUUCCAGAGGUCAUAGACGCAUACAAUAAGCUGCACGACUUGCGAGAGGAGGACUGGAAGAAGCGACGACCCUGGCUUCGAUGA